ACUGCAAAAAAGGAUGAAUUCGAUUCGGUUCGGACCGCUAUCCGUGCUGAACCGAACUUGGGCCGGUCUGUUACGGGUGUUUUUUUGGCUGUUGAUUCUGACGUUCAUGCUCGUUUAAUCUCAGGCUACAUGGAGUUUUUCAGUGGGCUCAUCUUCUGCAGGUGGGCAGUUUUCUCUUUUUUAGCUUGGACGAAGAUGGUUAUAGGGCCCUGUUGGCAUGCUUGGACUCAAGAAGGCCUUGAUUGGAGUUUCAAGCAGACUAAUCUUGUUGAUUCCUUUGAUUGGAUUGGAAGUAUGUAAGAGCUAUCAGUAGAUAUGCUUCCACUGGAUUUCACUUCAUGGAGUUCAACGAUAAGAAAUCUUUGUCUAAAUGCAAAACACCAAGAAGUUUUGUCCGUUUUUGUUCAUAAGUUCCAAUGCUCAUCGGGGUUUAAACCUGAUAACCACAUUUUUGCUGCAAUUUUCAAAUCAUGUGCUGCUCUUUUUGCUAUCAACAUAGGAAAGGCACUUCAAGGUUAUGCAGUGAAACAGGGGGAAAUAGCAUGCCAGUCUGUGUACAAGGGAUUACUGAACUUGUAUGCCAGAUGUGGUGCUUUCGAUGAAUGUUGGAAAUUAUUUGAACAAUUGAAUCAUCGUGAUGUUGUUACCUGGAACAUAAUCUUAUCUGGGUAUUGUAGGUCUCAAAUACAUGAUACUAAGGCUAUAAGAUUGUUUGUUAAGAUGCACGCAGAGGGGGAAGUGAAGCCAAGUGCUAUUACAAUUGCUAGCAUUCUUCCAGUAUGUUCUCGUGUGGGGAAAGGUGUUGUUGGGAAGAGUAUACAUUCUUUUGUUAUGAAAUCUGGAUUGGACAGGGAUACACUUGUUGGAAAUGCUCUCAUAUCGAUGUAUGCCAAAUCUGGGCAGCCAUGGUACGAUGCAUAUGCUGCAUUUAACAGCAUUAUUCAUAAAGAUGUUGUUACAUGGAAUACUAUAAUAUCGGCAUUAGCAGAAAAGAAUUUAAUGUUUGAUGCAUUACAAUUGUUUAGUCUGAUGCUGGAAGAACCCAUAGAGCCAAAUUAUAUAACAAUUGCAUGUAUUUUACCUGUUUGUGCUUCCUUCGGUAAUAAUGUUUCCUGUAGGUUUGGAAAAGAGAUCCAUGGUUAUAUACAUCGUAGGACUGAAUUGAUAGAAGAUAUUUCUGUCUGCAAUGCAUUGAUGAACCUUUAUUUGAGGGUUGGACAGAUGGAAGAAGCAGAGAUUUUGUUCUCGCACCUGAAGCAGAGAGACUUGGUUUCGUGGAAUACUCUAAUUUCUGGAUACUCAUUGAAUGACAAGUGGUUGGAAGCUGUAGAUCAUUUCUGCAAGUUACUAUGCUUAGGAAGCGAUCCAGAUUCUGUAACUUUAAUUAGUGUUUUACCUGCUUGUGCAUACUCACAAAACUUGCGAAUAGGGAAAAUGAUCCAUGGCUAUAUUCUUCGUCAUCCUGUCUUGAGCGAAGAUUCAACAGUUGGAAAUGCUUUAGUUAGCUUCUAUACAAAAUGUAAUGACGUGAAAUCAGCAUUUCAUUCAUUUUCCUUGAUUUCUAGUAAAGAUUUGAUAUCUUGGAACUCUGUGCUUAAUGCUUUUGCAGAGUUUGGGAACACCACUCAAUUCCCGCGUCUUCUUCACUUAAUGCUGCGGGAAAGAUUCAAACCUGAUCAUUUUACCAUCUUGAGUAUAAUCAAUUUUUGCAUUACAGUUUUAGGAGGGUGUAAAGUUAAGGAGGUCCAUUGCUAUUCAGUUAGAGCUUGUUUAUUUGAAGCUGAUUAUGGUCCUACUAUACUCAAUGCUCUUCUCGAUGCAUAUUCAAAAUGUGGUAUUAUAGAUUAUGCGUUAAAGAUUUUUGAAAGCUCAUCAGGAAAAAGAAACUUGGUGACAUGCAAUUCAAUGAUUUCGUGCUAUGUUAAUUGUAAGUCACCCAAUGAUGCACUUACAAUAUUUUCUGGCAUGUCUGAGACUGAUCUUACCACCUGGAAUCUAAUGAUACGGGUUUACGCUGAAAAUAAUUGUCCUCGUGAUGCACUCGGUCUUUUCCGUAGGUUGCAGAUUAAGGGUAUGAAACCGGAUGCAGUGAGUAUUAUGAGCCUCCUUCCCGUAUGCAAUGAAUUAGCAUCAUUUCGCCUAUUAAAAGAAUGUCAUGGAUAUUCAUUUAGAUCACGUUUUGAGGAUGUAUACUUGGACGGAGCUUUACUUGAUGCAUAUGCAAAAUGUGGAGCUGUGGAUUGUGCUUAUAAGCUUUUCGAAUCAAGCUCUCAGAAGGAUUUAGUUAUGUUCACAUCAAUGAUAAGUGGGUAUGCCAUACAUGGAAUGGGAGAGGAGGCACUCAAGGUUUUCACUAACAUGCUCGAGUCUGGUGUUAAGCCGGAUCAUGUGGUCGUGACUUCCAUUUUAUCUGCUUGUAGUCAUACUGGUCUUGUAGAUCAAGGUUUGAACAUAUUUCAUUCCAUGGAAGAGGUUAUUCAUAUCAAACCAACCAUGGAACACUAUGCUUGUGUGGUGGAUCUCCUUGCACGAGGAGGCCGAAUCAAAGAUGCAUAUUCUUUUGUGAUCGGGAUGCCUAUUCAGCCUGAUGCUAAUAUAUGGGGCACAUUGUUAGGUGCCUGCAAGACUCACCAUGAAGUGGAAUUGGGCCUUGUUGUGGCAGAGCAACUGUUUGAAACUAAAGCUGAUGAUAUAGGAAACUAUGUAGUUAUGUCUAACCUAUAUGCUGCAGAUGCUAAAUGGGAUGGGGUUUUGGAGGUAAGAAAGCUGAUGAAAGAGAAGGAAUUAAAAAAGCCACCCGGUUGUAGUUGGAUUGAAGUGGAAGGAGAGAAGAACUUUUUUUUAGCGGGAGACUCUUUGCAUCCUCAAAGAAACAUGAUUUAUAAUCUGUUAAAUACAUUGCACCAGCAAAUUAAAAGAACUGUUGAUAUAACUUGACGAGCAAUUAAAUUUUGAUAUGGUGUUUUGUGAAAUAAUGUUAUUUAUAGUGGCAUUGUAGGUUGUCUCAAUUCUUCCGUCUCCAUUCAAUUUAUUCAUUGUACAUUACAAUAUAUCCUAUCGUCAAAUCUCAUUCUUCUUCCUGCA